UAACGCUCCUCUAAACUCGUCGAGUGGGCUUUUGUGCUUUUCCUUUCAUCGUUUUGCAUAUGUUUUUGUACAACCCAUUGUGCAAUCAUUUGAAGGUUUUGAUACAGUAGGAUGAAGCUAUUUUGGAUGGGAUCAGUUGUGGUCAUUCCUACGAGAACCCAGUUUGUGUUUUUGAGUUUUGUUUUGAAUCUGUUAUUUCCUUGCAACUCCAGCCAAGACCUGAGCCUGCAAUGUCGAAUGAUACCCAACACUAUGCCUGUGCUGGAGAAAAAGGGGGACAUCAUUUUGGGGGCCCUCUUUUCCCUUCACGACAUGGUGGAGGAGCAAAGUUUGACUUUCACCUCCCAGCCUCCUAAAAGUAAAUGCACCAGAUUCAAUUUCCGAACUUUCCGCUGGAUGCAAACUAUGAUCUUUGCAAUUGAAGAGAUCAACAACGAGGGGAAGCUUCUUCCAAACGUCACAGUCGGAUACAAGAUCUAUGAUUCAUGCAGCACGCCGCAUCAGGCGUUGAAGGCUGCCAUGGAGCUAAUGGGGGGGGAGAAGAGCUCAGCGGUCGGAGAAAAAUCUCAGAGGAGCAGCACUUGCAAUGAAAGCGUGCCGCUGGUGAUAGGAGACGGAGGCUCCACUCAGUCUCUCGUAGUGGCUCGCUUCCUUGGCGUCUUCACCGUGCCGCAAAUCAGCUAUUUCUCCAGCUGCGCCUGUCUGAGUGACAAAAAGCAGUUUCCUGCCUUCCUAAGGACCAUGCCGAGUGACUUCUUCCAGGUAGACGCUCUGGUUCAGCUUGUUAAGCAUUUCGGCUGGACGUGGGUUGGUGUGAUUGCAGGUGAUGAUGCCUAUGGUCGUGGCGGGGCAAACAUUUUCGCUAAUGAGGUCACAAAGUUGGGUGUUUGUGUUGCCUUUCAUAGGAUUAUCCCUAAGAACAGACAGCAGGCGGAAAUUUCAUCCAUCAUUUCCGUCAUCCGGCUGUCUGGGGCAAAGGUGAUUCUCGUAUUUGCUGUGGAACAAGAUGUGGCCACGUUGUUUGACGAAGUACAAAGAAGCGAGCUCACUGGGAUACAGUGGUUAGCCAGUGAAGCUUGGAGCACAGCAGCUGUACUUUCCACCCCCAAAAAGUACCACCACAUCCUCCAGGGCACAGUUGGCUUUGCCAUUCAGCAGGCAAACAUUCCGGGAUUGCGAGACUUUCUGCUUCGCUUGAAUCCAUCAAGAUCGGACGCCCAGACGGAUCCCUUCCUUGUGUCCUUCUGGGAAGAGGUGUUUCAGUGCAGCCAGGGUGCUCAAACUGAAAGUCGGGAAAAGGAAGGUGAAAGUAAGCCUCCAUGCUCUGGAAAGGAAGACCUUGGGAAUGUGACGAAUAUUUAUUCAGAUGUGUCACAGCUGAGGAUUUCCUACAACGUCUAUAAAGCGGUGUAUGCUGUCGCCUAUGCUCUUAAAGCAAUGAAAAACUGUGUGAAAGGAGAAGGACCUUUUUUCCAGAGGUCCUGCUCAGAUCCAGAUGUUAUUCGGCCUUGGCAGCUACUUCAUUACCUAAAGCAAGUGCGGUACUUGAAUUCAUUUGCAAGUGAAAUUGAAUUUGAUGAGAAUGGCGACCCCGCAGCCAUGUAUGAUCUCGUUAACUGGCAGAUGAAUCCGAAUGGGGAACUUGAGUUCAUCAACAUUGGCAAAUUUGAUGGCAUGACCGGAGAUGUUAAACAAAAACUUUACAUCCAUGAAGGCGUCAUUUUGUGGAAUGGCAACCGAACCAGGGUUCCCUCAUCAGUAUGCAGCACUAUUUGUCCUCCAGGCACACGGAAGGCAAUGAGACCCAACUUUCCUGUUUGCUGCUAUGACUGUGUGGCUUGUACAGCUGGGAAGAUCAGCAAUCUCUCUGACUCCAUAGAGUGUGCGCAGUGCCCGCCGGAGUUCUGGUCCAAUGCUGAAAGAACCACCUGCAUCCCCAAACGGGUGGAGUUCCUCUCCUUUAGAGACACCAUGGGUAUCACCCUGGUUGCCAUUUCUUUCAUCGGCUCAUUCAGCACCUGCAUCGUGGUCCUGAUAUUUUUCUGCAAUAGAACCACACCCAUCGUCAGAGCCAACAACUCGGCACUGAGCUUCCUGCUGCUCUUCUCCUUGACGCUGUGCUUCUUGUGUUCUCUGACCUUUAUUGGCCAGCCGUCCAAGUGGUCCUGCAUGCUGCGCCACACAGCAUUUGGGAUCAGCUUUGUGCUCUGUAUCUCCUGUGUCCUAGGGAAGACGUUAGUGGUGCUGGUGGCCUUCAAUGCAAAACUUCCAGGCAGCAAUGUCAUUAAAUGGUUUGGCCCCUCACAGCAAAAAGCAAUCAUCGCUAGUUGUACCAUAACCCAGGUUCUUAUUUGUACCGUGUGGCUGCUCGUUGCGCCUCCUGCUCCACACCAACUGAUGCCGCGUGAGGAAGACUUUAUAAUUCUCUUAUGUGAUGAAGGCUCAUACAUUGCAUUCGCUCUGGUGCUGAGCUACAUCGGGCUCCUGGCAGUCCUCUGUCUUCUCUUAGCCUUCCUGGCCAGGAAACUUCCCGACAGCUUCAACGAGGCCAGACUCAUCACUUUCAGUAUGCUGAUUUUCUGUGCCGUUUGGAUAGCGUUUAUUCCCGCCUACAUCAGCUCUCCGGGGAAGUACGCAACAGUCACAGAAGUGUUUGCAAUCCUGGCCUCCAGUUAUGGACUGCUGGGUUGCAUCUUUGCCCCAAAGUGCUACAUGAUCCUGCUCAGGCCAGAAAAGAACACAAGGAAACACCUGAUGUCCAAAGCUCCCUCUGGAAAUUUUUAGAUUUUAAAAAUCUUGUUUCAUCUCCUACCCAGAAAGAAAGUGCUUGUGGGAUAUAUUUUACCACCAGAUGGUAGCAGUGAGCUAUUAAGAUAAAUUUAAUCUCUGGCUUAGAAAAUUUAAACCAGGAAUUUCCUUCUGUCUGUCUCACACCUUCCUUCCUACACACUCCCUACCUCUGCCGCCACCCACACUAACAGCGCUGCAAGACUUCAGAAACAAAAGCAAUGUCCCACAAAGGAGACGAGGUGAACCUCCACCUCCACCACCGUGAAUGUAAAUAUGAAAGACGUCUCAGAGCUGAAUAGCGCCAGGAUUUGGCAGUCGUGUCAUUGCUCAGUUCACAAAACAGAGGAUGAUGAGGCCCAAGGUUUCUGAGGAAACGCUGUGCAGAAAUCCCAGAGUUCGCUGGUUAAUUGAAUCCUGAUUCUCUAGAGGCUUUCGCAUGAAAACAUCCCGCCUGGCUAUUAACAAACCAAAUUGUGUGACAUUUUGCUUCUUUUCCCAGCUGCGUUAACACCAGCAGUGAUUAUCCCUGACUGAUGGAUGGGUUGUUGUUUCCCCAGACAUGUUAAUGUGGCUGAAUAUGACAGACAGAGAGCAUUACUGGUUUCCCAGGAAUAGACAGGAGAAAAGAUACAAGAUUUUUUUUUGUAAUUGACAUUGACUCAUAUCGAAACUUCAUUUAGAGGAAUCUGUGCACUUCUUUUUUGUCAAAAAAUAAUAAUUUAGGAGCUUCGAAUGGAUUUUUGUUCAUAGUGCACCAUCUGCAAUGAUUAUAAAUGCUUAUGAAUGUAGCAAUGUUUGUUUGAUUUAAUCUAGAGAGCUGGAACACAUGUACUCCAAAUGACGGUUAAAUAAUUAAUGGAGUUUGAAUGAGAAAAUGCUUGGUAAUUUCCUCAAAGAGAUUAAAGGAUCGCGAGGUGAACACGCAGAAAAUACAUUUUCUUUUUUAGACGUUAUUAAGGAGAGAAGUGUGAAGAUGAUGAUAUGGGGGAUGUAAUAAGAGA